AUGCUGUGUUCCCAUAUCGCAAUACUCUUCUUUCUUGGUGAAUCAUCCGCGGCAGCAUCCUUGCUCAGAUAUGGGGGCUUGCUAGGGUCGAGUUACGGGGUUCCUGGUAGGGUAGGAAUCAACGCUUCGUACGACUAUGUCGUGAUAGGGGGUGGCACAGCAGGAUUGACAGUAGCUACUCGCCUCGCUCAACAUGGAAGUUAUUCCGUCGCAGUCAUCGAAGCAGAAAGUUUCUACGAAAUUGACAACGGCAAUUUCAGUCAAAUUCCAUGGUAUGAUUUCCAAUCAGCCAGUACAGAUCCAGAUCUAUCAACCGUUAAUGGCCUCAUCGAUUGGAAGUUCCUUACUACACCACAGACUGCGCUAUUCAAUCGCACCAUCCACUAUGUACGGGGAAAGUGUCUCGGCGGAUCCAGUGCACGUAACUACAUGGUCUACAACAGAGGUACUGUUGGCACAUUUGAGAAAUGGGCGAAUGACGUUGGCGACGGCACCUGGAAUUGGGAUGGUGUCUAUCCUUACUAUCUCAAGUCACCACACUUCAUGCCUGCCAAUUCGAUCCUGCGAGCGGCCAACGCAUCGGUUGGUCUUGCCGACGAUACCGUGUCAUUCUCGAAGAACGGUGGUCCUCUUCAAGUCAGCUAUCCAAACUUUGCUCAAUCUUGGUCUUCCUUCUUCCCAGAAGGCUAUGAAGAAGUCGGCAUUCCUUUUCUGGAACAGGGUAUCAGUUCAGGCCAUCUUGAUGGUUAUGCAAGUGUUUCGUUGACCAUAAAUCCUACUGAGCAAACGCGCAGCUCUUCCGAAACGUCAUUCCUCCACGAAGCUCUUGCAGGUACUAAUAUAGUGGUGUAUACACACGCGUUGGUCAAGCGCAUUCUGUUUGAUGCAAACAAGAGGGCAACAAGUGUUUUGGUCGAUGUCGCAGGUAUGCAAUUUCAAAUCAACGCAACCCGCGAGAUCAUUUUGUCCGCAGGAGUCUUCCAGUCGCCUCAGCUACUCAUGGUGUCGGGGGUUGGACCACGACAAACCCUGGAUCAAUACCAUAUUCCUAUUGUUGCAGAUCGCCAAGGCGUGGGUCAGAACAUGUGGGCAGUGAGUAAUGUGUUUGCAACGCUAUCUUACGAGGUCAACGUUGAAACACCUUCAGUCCUAACAAAUGAUCCCAAUCGCAUCUACGAAGAGAAUGAAGCUUUCAUCACGCGCCGGUCUGGCAUGUUGACGAGUGAUGCCGGUGCCGACUUUGUCGGUUUUCUGAAAGCGUCAAAUCUGUCAGUGGUGAACAUCAGCUCCACAGCACAAAAUGCCUUCCAAACCAAUUUCCCUUCAGACAGGCCCAAGGUCGAGGUUAUGACUUUUGCUGCCGGUCCCAACGAUGGCAUCCACAAUUUCGCCAGUAUCGUGUUCGGAUUGAUUGCCACGUUCAGCAGAGGCAACGUCACAAUCAGAUCUCCAGACAUGGCAGAUGCACCCAUAAUCAAUCCAGCACUACUGGAAGAUCCCCGGGACCAAGACCUUGCCAUCGCCGCAUUCAAAUUUACCCGCCGCUUGGCUGCCACAGCAUCCUUGCAGCGUGCCAUCAUCGCUGAAGUCGUGCCUGGCUCCAACAUCACCACUGACGCUGAGAUACUUACGUAUCUGAGACAAAGCAUAAUCCCAUUAUUCCAUGCGAGUUGCACGUGUAAGAUGGGGAUGAGGAAUGACAGUAUGGCUGUUGUGGAUUCUGAGGCAAAAGUGAUUGGAGUGGAAGGAUUGAGAGUUGUGGAUAUUAGUGCGUUUCCGUUGUUGCCGCCUGGUCAGCCGCAAGCUACGGUGUAUAUGCUAGCUGAGAGGAUUGCAGAUAUGAUUUUAAGAGAUGCUGGGAGUGGUAGUUGA